AUGGCAGGCAAACGCAAGACCAUAGUACCUGAUCUUGAUGACCUCCGUCGCUCUAAGCGAAGUAACAUGGGUCAAGGUGGACGCCUCACCCAACUUCAAAAGCUCGAGUCCUCACAGAUGAAUAGACAACGUCCAGUGAAGAAAAACCCCGCUCAGGAGAUGAUAGACAGCCAACCAGUAAAUGUCAUGGCGCCGGAGGCACCUAUACGCAAACCAAGGGCAAGACCAAUCAAGGCGACUAAGACAUCAAGCAAUGAGAAGACUGAACGACAUCUUUCAAGCUCCAACUUACCACAGCGUGUUGCUGAGGACAAGCCCACUUCGCAUCCUCGUAGUCCCGACUCAAGGUUUGGCUUUGUCCCACCUCCACCUGCGACCUCCGAACGCCAUUUCAUCCGUGCUCUCUCUAGGUUCAACAGUACACCAUCAGGAUCCUCCCAGCCUAACACGCCCAAACGCACCCUCACUGGCGCCCAUUCGCGGAAACACGACAAUCUGCGUCAUCAUUCCAAGUCAGAUACUAGCCGUGCCCUACCAGCAUCCAAACCUGUCCCUCUUGAACACACCCCCGCUGGUGCUCAUUCACAGAAACGCAACGAUCCACGUCCUCACUGUAAUGCUAGUCGUAAACCACCGGUGUCCAAACACAUCCCUCGACACACCGUCACCAGUGACAGCAAUCCGCCCACUGACCUGGAAUCCGAUUACACUCGUCCAUCACGGAUGAAUAUUUCAGAUGCCGAGGCUCCUCUACAUGGCGAUGAGGGCUACGACUCGGGACGAGAUCACGAUGUGGAUGCUAACAAUUCUGAUCUGGACAACUCGGAUGCUAGAACUAAUGACGUGCAGGUGGACCAUGGCAAUGAUGGUGAUAGUGGGGAGGCGGACCAGGAUGAUGGUGACAGUUUUGUUGACGACCCCCACCAGGAUCAUGACACCUCGAAAGAUAGCAACGAUGAUGAAUUCACUCGUGCACGCUCACGAGUCGCCGACAGCUCACACAAUGCCCGAGAUGUCCUCCAAGACCAUCGCGCAAAGAACUGUCGCCCUCGCAUGCCUGACCUGGAUGAGCUCGAGACUUUGCGUCGUCGCGCUACUACUCAAGAUUCAGCUCAAUCUUCUUCUGAAGAGGAGGUUGUAGUACCACGCAAGAGAACGCAGAUGAUCAAAGCAACUGCGCAGAACAUUCGCUUCUAUCCUCCUUCUUGGAAGGAUUUACUAGAGGCCGCAAAGAAGAAAUCACGCCUAGGCUUGCUCACUAGCACAGCGUCAAAGCGCAGUGAUUUUCUCAAAACCAAGGGUAUUGAAUAUCUCUUAGAAACACUCGAAGACUUUGGAUCCCAGGGUGUUGGUGUUGACGACGGAUACUGGGAUGAAUAUAAAUCUGAUAUGGCAGUCCUGCUAUGGGACGAUCGCGCUACUAUGCGUUCCGAAAUGAAAAAGGCUGCGCGUCCGAUUGUUCUGGCACAUUACGAAAUUCUUCCACCCGAUGUUGACGACGAGAACGACUAUGAGCGGGAGGUGCGUGACAACGUCAAAACAUUGUUGCAGAAUGGUGCUUUCCUACGGGAUGGAGGCAGGACCAAUAAUCUUGCAAACGAGGCCCUGGGCAGCUUUUGUAUGUCCUAUUUUUACAAGGGUGAGAACGCGCUCGCGAAGUCAUUUCCAGACUUGUUCGCCGAUGCUGUCCCCGAAGGUGCCGUUGCACUUGCAGCGACUGCGCUUGCUGCCGCUAUCGACGAGUACAAGACCGGUACUUACAAGCAAAUGAAAUUCGUCGCCAAUUUAUAUCAACCCAUCUGUUACGAACUAGGAUGGGUCUGACGUAUGGCUACUCGAUAAGAGUAAUCGGCCAAGGUCGGUUCAAGGCUUCGGCGUAUACCGAUGCUUCAGAGUUUCUAAGACAAGAAGAGGAGAGUGUCCUCGACUCGAAUCAAGUUCAAUACGACUUAAGAUUGGAGGUCUUAAGC